CUUUAAAAAAGUAAACAGAUCAGAAAGUUUCUCAUUAUUUUUUGCAAGACUUCCAUAACUGUCUGUUAAAAAAGCUGUGUAUAUUAUUGGACAAUAAACAGUUUAGUUGACAACUAGACUAAGUUCAGGUGAUUAAAACUACAACAAUCGUCAUAAAGUUAUGCUAUAUCGUAUCAUCGCAUCUACAAAAUUCUCAUCAUUCUACAUAUCUAAUCGAAGUCUAUACAAAAUGUCAUCAAAUAUCAUCGGACUAUGUCAAAUGCGAUCAACAAAUGACAAACUCAAGAACCGAGAACUUGUCAAGGAACUUUUUGUUAGAUCAAAAGACAAAGCAAGCUUCCUGUUCUUUCCUGAGUGCUGUGAUUAUGUUGGAACGAAUGCUGAUGAGACUCUGAGUCUUGCAGAGCCGCUGAAUGGUGAAACUGUUCAAUUUUAUAAAAAUUUAUGUAAGGAACACUCAAUGUGGGGAAGCUUUGGAGGAAUACAUGAGAAAAUUGAUGGACAUAAGGAUGGAAAGAUAUCAAAUACGCAUGUGCUGAUUGAUUCUGAUGGUGAAGUUGCAGGAGUUUAUAGGAAGUUACAUUUGUUUGAUGUUGACACUCCAGAGUUUAAGUUUCGAGAAUCUAAGGUUGUUGAAGGUGGAAAGGAGAUAACGAAGCCGAUUAAGACACUAAUUGGGAAUGUUGGACUGCAAAUUUGCUAUGACAUUCGCUUCCCAGAAGGAGCACUCUGGCUUAAAUCCCGAGGUGCAGACUUAAUAACAUUUCCAUCAGCAUUCGCACUUACAACUGGCAAAGCUCAUUGGGACAUUUUGAAUCGUUGUCGAGCUAUUGAGAACCAAUGUUAUAUCGUCUCAGCAGCACAGCAAGGAAAGCAUAAUGAUAAAAGAAGCAGCUAUGGACAAGCAGUUGUUGUGUCUCCAUGGGGUGACAUCAUUGCUAGAUGUACAGAAGAACUGGAAGUUCAAUUUGCUGAAAUUGAUUUAUCAAAAAUUGAAAAAGUUGAGAGGAACAUGCCUUGUGGCAGUCACAGACGACCAGAUGUGUACUCGCUGAAGUUUAAAGUCCAAAAUGAGUUUAGUGUUCCGAAUGAGCUUCCAUUUAUUUUUGAGAAAUAUCCAAUAGACCCAAGAACAAUUUUCUAUGAAACUGAACAUUGUGUUGCAUUCACAAACAUUCGAUGCGUAGUUCCUGGACAUGUUUUAAUUGCCACAAAGAGGUUGAUUCCAAGAGUUGAGGACAUGAAUGAGGCUGAAACGCAUGAACUUUUUGAUGCUGCCUGUAAAAUUUCUAAAGUCCUUGAUGAAUAUCAUGAUGCAAAAAGUACGACAAUAACAGUUCAGGAUGGUGAAUUUGCUGGACAGACUGUAAAGCAUGUUCAUUGUCAUGUGAUGCCUAGAAAGCCUGGUGAUUUUGAGAAUAAUGAUGAAAUUUAUGUCAAGUUGAAUGAGCAUGAUAAGGAGAGUACGACAGAGAAGAGAAGGGAACUUAGUGAAAUGAUUGCAGAGGCUGAAACUUAUAAAAAAUUAUUUUAAAAAUAAUAAAUCAAAAUAAUGAACUUAUAUCCUUAAAACUUUUUAUAUCAUUUAUAACAGACAUUAUUGGCUAGGCCAGAGUUGUUCAUGAGUAUUCGUAUUUUUUUGUUCUGCCUUAAAAACAGCAUAAAGUCAAAUAUAAAUUGAGUUAAAAUUUCAAUCCAUUAGCAAUAUUUUUGGAAGACAUUAUAACAUCAUUAACACCAACGCCAUCAAAUGCAGCACCUCCCAAACUCAAUGGCAAUUUAUUGUCACUAACAUACUUCCUAAUCCUUUCAACUCUCUGAUGAUGUCCAACGACAUAUUGUGGAAUGCAUUGUCGAUUCAAAUGAACCUCAAAGAUGUCUGGCUUCUCAUUAAUGCCCAAAAUUUUUGAAAUUCCAUCCAAAGCAGCUGAAAGCAGUUUCUCAUCCGAAGAAUCCUUUCCGUAAUGUUUAUCAAACCAUCGUCCACCACUCAUGACUGUCAAGACUGUGCUGUCAUUACAGUCAACAAUGCAGCUAUCAAAAAUGAUUCCAAGGAUCGGCAUGUUCUCAGAUGGAGCAAUAAGGACCCCAAAACCUUUAUCUUUGAGUAAAUUUUCCUUUUUGUACAGCAAAUUAAUCACAGCAACAUCAACGUAUGGAAUGGCAUGAAGUUCAUUAGCCAAUAUUGGAUGUUGUUGAUCAAUAAGCUUGGCAAGUGUAAAAGCAGGCAAUGUAGACACAACAUGUUGUGCUGGUUGAUUAGUUCCAUUUAUUGAGAUAUGUGCUUCGUCAUUUUUAAAGGAUAUUUGUUCACAGGCUGAAUUUAAAUUCAUUUCAAAAUUUUCAUUGUCCGUUAAUUUUUCGACAAUUCUUUUUGGAAUGAUUUCAAUGCCAUCCUGCAUUCUGUACAAUGACCAACCCUCAUUUUUAGCUUGAUUCAUGAAUGAUGUUUUUUCAAUUGGAACUUCCGGCUUUUUGUCUUUUCUGCCUUUUAUUGCGCCUUUUAUGACUCCACCAUACUUUUGCUCUUUUUCAAAAAUUUCUUUGAAUAAAAAUUUAACAGAAAUUUCUUUGGCAUCGCCAGCACAAAUGCCACAAAUUACUGGACUUAUUGCAUAGUCGGCAAUUUCCUUGCCAAAUCGUCGAGCAAUAAAAUCAUAAAUUGAUUCAUCCUCAAGUGGAACUUUUGACUUUCCAGUGAAUAUAUCUUUAAGUCCAGCAAAGAACAAUGGCUUUGAAAAUGGCGGGAUUGUCUUGAUUAAGCCACCAGGUCCAUUUGGCAUCAUGCAUACUUUAUUCUUUGCAUAAACCAUUCGAUUUUUAGCCGCAACAUGACUUCUAUGGACAGGAACAACUUUAUCAUCAAUUCCUAGCUUCUCAAUCAAUUCCAAUGUCGUUAAUCCAACAGCUCCAACUGGACGAAGUGACCUUGGCCCUGUCUCAAAAACUACACCUGUAUUCUUAUCAAUUGAUGACUUGACCCAUCCACCAAACCGUGAUGAGGCUUCAAAAAGCUUGACACGAGGUAUAUUUUGACGUAAUGAGAGGUAGUAAAGGGUUGAGAGACCGGCAAUGCCACCGCCGAGAACUGACACUGUCAUGAUGAGGUAGAAAUUAAAAAAAUUAAAUUAUAAAAGUUGCCACACAAAAUGAUUGACUUUUG